AAAACAGACGGAUUUAAGAUGUCAGUGAUGAACCAGAUGGUUGCAACAUGCUGGAUCUGCCUCCUGCUCUCUGCUUUCCUGUUUGAACCUGUUCUUUCCAAGGGGGGUCGUGGCGGAUCCAGGGGCUCCUCCCGAGGCGCCAGAGCCCGCACCUCCACGUCAGGAACUUACCGAGGAGUGGGCCCCUAUGGUGGGACUCGUUCUCGCUUCAGGGUGGCAGGGCGGACGUCCCCGGUGCGAGUGGCAGGUGCAGCAGCAGCAGGAGCUGCGGUGGCUUUGUCAGCAGACAAGUGGUAUGCAUCUGCCUAUCGCCGUGGCAACGGAGACGGCUCAGAGGACGGGCUGGACUACUACAACAGGACAAAUUUUUUUGAUGCGCAAAUGUCAGGGUCCACUCAAAAUGGAUCUUCUUUCACUCAGCUCGUUUCUAUUAUUAUUGCCACUUUCUCCCAAAAAUACGGACUCUUACUAGACACUAUAAUGUAGAUUUUUUUAGGCUAACUGACUGCUUUGGUCUUAAACUGAGACCUGAUAACAAUAUGCAGGACUGGCUCUAACCUGCACUGGAAAUAUCAGUUAGAGGUGGAAAACAAUCCAGAAGACGCGAACACAUCACUGUACUGUAUGCUUUAACAUAUGUAUUCAUCUGACAUUACCAGCACAAUAUUUAGUGCAACAUAUUGCCUCUUAAAGUUUGCACCUUGGUCAUACUGUUGAUACUAUCAUGUCUUUAUGACACAGUUGGGGCCAAAAAUCUAAACUUUCCUAUUUUAUUUCCCUAAAGCUUGAUUCCUGAUUCUUAAUAAAAGUGAUGUUUUAUAAGACAUAAUUCUACUGCCAAACUAAAAUUGUCUAUAAAUAUGUAUUUUCAUAUGUGCACAAACAAAUGCACUUUGUUGCGGCACUUUGUGUAAUACAAGAUCAGGAGACAAUCCAUCCAAUAAAGUUGGACAACCAGCAUUUUUCCAUUCCUUGAAAGAAAAAAACAACACAUUUUGUUGUAUUCCAGAUUUGCACUUUUUGCAUUUAGAGAGGAAAAUAAAUGUACUUUUUUACUUAUUACCUCCAAAAUCAUUAAAGUUUUUACUUCAGUUCCAAACUGGAUUUAAAGAUGUUGGUUGUUGAUCUGGAUGAUCUAAGGUGGCAACCAGCUUUCAUUAUCAUCCUGACUUUUUGUGCAAUUUAAACCUUUCUUCUAUACAUUUCUUUAUCUCAUUUAUUCGCCAGAGUUGUGUGAAAACGACAAAACAAACUGCUGCUCUCACUAUUAUCAUGUCUCUGAAGGAAGUGGUGGAUGCCCAUCACCCAUGAAGAACAUUUUUUUACCUGCAGUAGACUCAGGAGCAACAGACUGUUCCAUAUCUAUAAGUGCACUCUAAUAUAUAAUACAACACUUCUGUACAUAGGAAAAACUAAGUUUAUUAUCACUGUCUUUAUGCUAAUAAAUAUCCUUGUUUACACCUUGUGAAGAAAAUUGCAAUGUCAUACCUGAAAUAAAAUUAAAGUCUUUUAUUUACAAAG